GGUCGACGGCGACGCUACGACGGCCUGUCAUCUGUAGGCAAUGCAACGCGCUGUGCAGCAACGGGUUGGACCUGGCCUAAGAUGGGUAGCGUGCUAUUCACAGCUGUAUUCAUAGCAUUACACUUUGCCACCGGCGGCCUGGCCAACCCAGAUGCGAAGCGACUCUACGACGACCUGCUGAGCAACUACAAUCGCCUCAUCCGACCCGUGGGCAACAACUCGGACCGCCUCACCGUCAAGAUGGGUCUGCGCCUCUCCCAGCUGAUCGAUGUGAAUCUGAAGAAUCAAAUUAUGACAACCAAUGUCUGGGUGGAACAGGAAUGGAACGACUAUAAAUUGAAAUGGAAUCCGGAUGACUAUGGCGGCGUGGACACGUUGCACGUUCCCUCCGAGCAUAUAUGGCUACCGGAUAUUGUGCUCUAUAACAACGCCGAUGGCAACUAUGAAGUGACAAUAAUGACAAAAGCAAUUCUUCAUCACACGGGCAAAGUGGUGUGGAAACCGCCCGCCAUUUACAAAUCCUUCUGCGAAAUUGAUGUCGAGUACUUUCCCUUCGACGAGCAGACAUGUUUCAUGAAGUUCGGCUCCUGGACCUACGAUGGUUACAUGGUGGACUUGAGGCACUUGAAACAGACCGCCGACUCGGACAACAUCGAGGUGGGCAUCGACCUGCAGGACUACUACAUCUCCGUGGAGUGGGACAUCAUGCGGGUGCCGGCGGUGCGGAACGAGAAGUUCUACAGCUGCUGCGAGGAGCCGUAUCUGGACAUAGUGUUCAACCUGACGCUCCGCCGGAAGACGCUCUUCUACACAGUGAACCUGAUCAUACCCUGCGUGGGCAUCUCGUUCCUGUCCGUUCUGGUCUUCUACCUGCCCAGCGACUCUGGCGAGAAGAUCUCGCUCUGCAUCAGCAUCCUGCUCUCGCUCACCGUGUUCUUCCUCCUGCUGGCCGAGAUCAUUCCGCCCACCUCGCUGACGGUGCCGCUGCUGGGAAAGUAUCUGCUCUUCACCAUGAUGCUGGUCACGCUCUCCGUCGUGGUCACCAUCGCCGUGCUCAAUGUGAAUUUUAGAUCCCCUGUCACGCAUCGCAUGGCGCCGUGGGUGCAGCGCCUCUUCAUCCAGAUCCUGCCCAAAUUGCUCUGCAUCGAGCGGCCCAAGAAGGAGGAGCCCGAGGAGGACCAGCCGCCCGAGGUGCUCACCGAUGUCUAUCACCUGCCGCCGGAUGUGGACAAGUUUGUCAACUACGAUUCGAAGCGUUUCAGCGGCGACUACGGCAUUCCAGCACUACCCGCUUCGCAUCGCUUCGAUUUGGCGGCGGCGGGCGGGAUAAGCGCCCACUGUUUCGCGGAACCGCCGCUGCCCUCCUCACUGCCACUCCCGGGCGCCGACGACGAUCUGUUCAGCCCGUCGGGCCUCAACGGAGACAUCAGUCCCGGCUGCUGCCCGGCCGCUGCAGCCGCCGCUGCCGCUGCCGCCGCCGCCGAUCUCAGUCCCACGUUCGAGAAGCCCUACGCCCGCGAAAUGGAGAAGACCAUCGAGGGAUCCCGCUUCAUCGCACAGCACGUGAAGAACAAGGAUAAGUUUGAGAGUGUGGAAGAGGACUGGAAGUACGUUGCCAUGGUAUUGGAUCGUAUGUUUCUGUGGAUCUUCGCGAUCGCUUGCGUGGUCGGCACAGCGCUGAUUAUCCUGCAGGCUCCCAGCUUGUACGACCAAUCGCAGCCGAUCGAUAUACUCUACUCGAAGAUUGCCAAGAAGAAGUUCGAGCUGCUCAAGAUGGGCAGCGAGAACACCUUAUAG